GCGUUGCACUCCACGGCUCUCACUGGCUAGUGCGGUUCAGAGGGGCGGUCCCCCAAGGAGGCUCAGCAAAAGAGCGGCGCGAUCGUUUGGCGAAGGGGCUGGGCACGUCAGCGGUCACGUGCUCACUUCUCCCCUCCCGCACCCCCUUCUCCCUGCGUGUUCGCCGGUCGUGGCCAGAAACCCGCCACUCCCAACAUGGAGGCACACUGCGCCGCCAUUAAGCGCUAGACUUCCGAUCUGUUCUCUCUAAGGCUGUCUUCAUGUUCCUACUCAAGAUGGCCGCCUCAGCGGCCGCACCCGCGCUCUUGCCACUCCCAACAUGGCGUCCCCUAGUUGCCGUCCUCCAAGCGUGGCGAGCAAAACGGAAGUGACGCAUCCCAGAGCGUUCCGUUUUCUUUCUGCUGCAGGAACCGUGGCUGCUGAGCCAAGCUGGUGCGGGGGCUAUUGACCUUUGUCUCGGCCUCGUUGAGAGGACACAGCACAUCUUCCUACAGCCUGCUUCCUGUCGCAGAACACACUUCCGGUCUCGACCCGGACGGAAUGCUGCUGCUGCUGCUGCUGCUCCCCCUCUGCUGGGCCGUAGAGGUUAAGAGACCUCGGGGCGUUUCCCUCAGCAACCAUCACUUCUAUGACGAGUCUAAGCCUUUCACGUGUUUGGAUGGCACAGCCACCAUCCCGUUCGAUCAGGUGAACGAUGAUUACUGCGACUGCAAGGAUGGUUCCGAUGAGCCUGGCACAGCUGCUUGUCCCAAUGGCAGCUUCCACUGCACCAACACUGGGUACAAGCCCCUGUACAUCCUGUCUAGCCGGGUUAACGAUGGGAUAUGUGAUUGCUGUGACGGGACAGAUGAAUACAACAGCGGCAGUGUCUGUGAGAACACCUGCAGAGAGAAGGGUCGUAAGGAAAAAGAGUCCCUGCAGCAGCUGGCUGAGGUCACCCGCGAGGGCUUCCGUCUCAAGAAGAUGCUCAUUGAGGAGUGGAAAACAGCCCGGGAAGAGAAGCAGAGUAAGCUGCUUGAGCUUCAGGCUGGAAAGAAGUCUCUGGAAGACCAGGUAGAGAUGCUGCGGACUGUGAAGGAAGAAGCGGAGAAGCCAGAGAAGGAAGCCAAAGACCAGCACCGGAAGCUGUGGGAAGAGCAGCAAGCUGCUGCCAAGGCCCGGCGGGAACAGGAGCUGGCGGCCAGUGCCUUCCAGGAACUGGAUGACAACAAGGAUGGGGUGGUUUCGGUGGCUGAGCUACAGACUCACCCGGAGCUAGACACAGAUGGGGAUGCAGUGCUGUCCGAAGAGGAGGCCCAGGCCCUUCUCAGUGGGGACACACAGACUGACACUGCCUCCUUCUAUGACCGUGUCUGGGCCGGCAUCAGGGACAAGUACCGCUCUGAGGUGCUGCCCACUGAGAUGCCUGCCCCUUCUGCUCCGGAUGUAAUUGAGCCCCAAGAGGAGCAGCCGCCAGUGUUGCCCACAGAGGAGGAGGAGGAGGAGGAAGAAGAGGAGGAGGAGGAGGAGGAGGAAGAAGAGGAGGUGCAGGGGGAGAAACCCAAGGAGGCUCCAGCCCCUCUCCAGCCCCCACAGCCUGCCAGCCCCACUGAGGAUGAAAAGAUGCCACCCUACGAUGAGGAGACGCAGGCUGUCAUUGAUGCUGCACAGGAGGCCCGGAAUAAGUUUGAGGAAGCUGAGCGGUCCUUGAAAGAGAUGGAGGAUUCCAUCAGGAGUUUGGAACAAGAGAUCUCCUUUGACUUCGGUCCCCAUGGGGAGUUCGCAUAUCUCUACAGCCAGUGCUACGAGCUCACCACCAACGAGUACAUCUAUCGGCUUUGCCCCUUCAAACUGGUCUCCCAGAAACCCAAACAUGGGGGCUCCCCGACCAACCUUGGCACGUGGGGCUCAUGGGCUGGCCCCGAUCACGACAAGUUCAGUGCCAUGAAGUACGAGCAGGGCACCGGCUGCUGGCAGGGCCCCAACCGCUCCACCACAGUGCGCCUGCUGUGUGGCAAAGAGACUGUGGUGACCAGUACCACGGAGCCUAGUCGCUGUGAGUACCUCAUGGAGCUGAUGACACCCGCAGCCUGCCCAGAACCGCCACCAGAAGCGCCCACUGAUGGAGACCAUGAUGAGCUGUAGCCUGGACCUCGAGGCCUGAAACCAGUCUACUGAUCCUGCAGUCUGUGGACCAAGGCCUGCCCACCCCGGGGUUCCUGGCCAUCCUCUUGGUAGCAGGAACCCCAUGGGGCUCUAAGCCCGACUUCUGGCCCAGGCUAGCCAAGCCAUCUGUAUUCCUGAGGCCCCAGCGGCCUCCAGAGAUGGAUUAAGGAGCUCACUCUCCUUGGAUUUCUGGGUGGGAGUUAUUCCCUGCCCACCUCACCCCUGCCUCCCCAGCUGUUGGGAGAUGAGUGGAUGACUUGACAUGUGACCUCAGAACAAUAAAUGUGACUCGCCCACA